AUGCUGCAAAGCACCCAGCAGGUCCAGGACCAGGUCCCCGGCAUGCUCAACACGACGGGCCUAGGGGAGUAUGGUCAUGCGAAUCCCUUGUCGGCCACCCCGGAGGGCCUCUCGCUGGCCGAGGGCGACCCACUGGACGACAUGGUCGGCCAGGAUAACCCCGAGCUCCGGCGGCGGCGGAGCAUCUCGCACCCUUUCUCCGAGCCGAUCAUGCCGCCGCAGAGCGACGACCCGAGCAUGUCGAUGAUGGGGUUCAGCAGCUCCGGCAACGCGUUCGACCCGUUCUCGUUCGGGAACCUCGGUGCUCCCCACAACACCAUGGCGGGUCUUGGUGGGUUCGCGAGCACUGCUGGCCUGCCGAGCAGCUCGGUGCCCUUUUCCCAGCCGGGACUUGUAGCAAUGCCUGGCCAGGGAGAAUUCGGCACGUUGGUGCCGGACUCGAUGGACAUGGCAGCCUUCUCCAACCUAGGCCUCGGCCCGGUGACAUCGUGUUCUGCCACGGGGGGCCUAUGGAGAUGCCCAGACCUGCCGGCAACGUAUCCGCCCGCUAAUCUCGAUGUUGUCAGCACGGACUUCGCCAUGGAUACGGAUAUGGGCGAUGACAGCCCCUUCUCCGGCUUCGGACUUGGCCCCAGCGGUGGCAUCAUGGGACAGCGCGAGGGCUUCGACAACACGCCCGUGCCGCAAGAACCCCCCUUGAGCCUGCGGCCGACCCCCGAUAUGAGCCAGUUUCAAACAGCCGUAUCCACCCCCGGGACGCAGGCGCGGUCAGGACCGGCGUCCAUCCACUCGCCAGCCGCAUCCGGCAUAGCUCGAGCGGUGUCCCGCUCGAGCGCGGGUCGGUCCAGCAGCCAUGCAGGGACCCCAGGCUCGUUGGCGCCGUCCGCAGCCAGCCAGGGCCCGCGGAAGGCCAAGAAGGACAUCUACGCGCCCAGCGGGUUCCCUAUGCUCCAGGUCUUAGCAAACGUGGUGAAUCGGAAGAACCCGCAGGUCGAGAUCGGGGCCGUCGACCUGUCGUGCGCUUUCGUGGUGUGCGACCUGACCAUGAACGACUGCCCCAUCGUCUACGUGUCGGACAACUUCCAGAACCUGACGGGCUACAACCUGCACGAGAUUGAGGGCCAGAACUGCCGCUUCUUGCAGAGCCCAGAUGGUAAAGUCGAAGCAGGGUCGAAGCGCGAGUUCGUCGACAAUGAUGCUGUUUUCAAGAUGAGGAAGGCCAUUCAGGAAGGCAAGGAGAUCCAGCAAAGCAUCAUCAACUACCGCAAGGGCGGGAAGCCGUUCCUGAAUCUGCUGACCAUGAUCCCGAUCCCCUGGGAGGACAGCAACGGCGAGAUGAAAUAUUGCGUCGGGUUCCAGAUGGAUUUGGUCGAGUGCCCCGACGCCAUCUCCGGCCAGGAAUCGGGCGGGAGCAUGCAAGUCAACUACCUGCACAGCAAGAUCGAUCGGUACAUUGUCGACCCGCCCAGCUCGACGCAUUUCGAUCCCGAGAGCGGCCAAACGCUCAGCGUCGAGGAGGUCACGCAGCUCCUCGAGCAGCACAACCCCGGCGGCCAGGCCUCGGAAUGGCACAGGCAGUCGUGGGACAAGAUGCUCCUCGAGAACGCCGACGACGUUAUCCACGUCCUCUCGCUGAAGGGCCUCUUCCUCUACCUCUCCCCGGCCUGCAAACGCAUCCUCGAAUGGGACACGGCCGAGCUGGUGGGCGCCUCGCUCUCGUCCGUCUGCCACCCGUCCGACAUCGUGUCCGUCACGCGCGAGCUCAAGGAAGCCCGGCAGGACUCGAGCAUUGACGUCGCCUUCCGCAUCCGCCGCAAGCACUCGGGCUUCACCUGGUUCGAGAGCCACGGCGCGCUACACUACGACCAGUCCAAGGGCAGAAAGUACAUUGUCCUGGUCGGGCGCAAACGGCCGGUCCUGUCCAUCCGCCGCAGCGUGGUCGAGGCCCACUCGGGCGGCAUUGGCGCCGGCGAGGCCGAGAUCUGGAGCAAGAUGUCGCCCUCGGGCCUGUUCCUCUUCGUCUCUUCGUCCGCGCAUAGGCUGCUGGACCUGAAGCCGCGGGAUCUGGAGGGCACGAGCAUGCAGGAGCUGCUGAAGAAUAAGGAGUCCCUCGACGAGUUUGGGCGGACGAUCGAAAAGGCGCGGAGGGGCCAAGUGGUCGGGUUCAAGCACGAGAUCCUGCACAGGAGGGGCCAGAUGGUGCCGGCGUAUACCUUCUUCUACCCCGGGGACGCGGCCGGGGACGGCCAGCAGCGGUGCAGUUUCUUGAUUGCGCAGAUCAAGGUGGCCAAGGCCGCGACCCGGCCGAUCGCGGGGUCGAGCAAGGUCGGCGGUGGGAGCUCGCUGGCAGUGGUGGUUCCCUUUGAGGACAUCAGCAUGGGCCGGGUCGGGUCCCAGGCGGCCGCUUCGGCAAGGGUGGAAGAACUCAAGGAGUCGGAGGAUGACGAGGUCUUCGCGGAGCUGAGCACGACGAGAGUCGGCUCUUGGCAGUAUGAGCUGAGGCAGAUGGAGAAGGUCAACCGGCUGCUCGCCGAGGAGCUCAACCAGCUGACGGCGAACAAGAAGAAGCGGAAGCGGAGAAAUGGUGUCGCCGGCGGAUCGGUCCGUUCUAAAGCGGUGCGUGACUGCGCCAACUGUCAUAGGCGUGACACGCCCGAGUGGAGGAGGGGUCCGAGCGGGAAGCGGGAUCUGUGUAAUUCGUGCGGCCUGAGGUGGGCGAAGCAGCAGCAGCAACAGCAGCAGCAGCAGCAGACGGGCAAGGUGUCGCCGCGAUCCCGCGCUGGAAGCGGGGAUGCUCAAGCCAGCAAACGCUCGAGCAUCAGCUCCGCCAGCACCAAGUCGCCUGCCGAGUCUUCUCCCUUGCGACGUGAGGUCUCGGCCGACGCGGUCAGUGUUGGGUCGAGCGGCAUGGAGAGGGGAAGCCUUGGUGACGCAGCCGGCAGCGCCAUGGAGAUGAGCUCCAUCCGCGAGGAGUAG